AUGAAUUCGGAGCAACAAGAGAGCAGUGAGGCGGUCUCUGCCCGUGUCAACAAAACAGAUAAGACUCGCCGGACUUGGGCUAUCAAAGAAGAGGAGACUCUCCUUAGCUCGUUGAAGGAAUUAGUUGCUCAAGGCUGGAAGUCAGAUAACGGCUUCAGAGGAGGUUAUCUUCAUAAGCUCGAGGAAGCGAUGAGGCGCGUGUACCCAGGCACAGACUUGAAAGGAGUUCCACACAUCAAUUCAAAGUUAUCUGCCUGGAAGAAAAACUACAACAGCCUUUUGGGAAUUUUACGAGUCACCGGUGCUGGGUUCAACGUGCAUGGAAACCACAUGGUAGAUGUUACUGACGAGCAGUGGGCGGACAUCAUGAAGAAAGAUGUGAACGCGAGGGGAAUGAGGUACAAGUCGUGGCCUAUGCUUGAUGCAUGGAAAGAAGUGUUUGGUAAGAACCGUGCGACUGGUGACAAUGCGGAGGACCUUAUGGACGUUGUGACUGAUAUGUAUCGCAGCGGGAAUGCGGCGCUGAACACUCCUGCAGGGAGUUACCACGUUAACGUUGAAGAUGUGCUGGAAAACGACGUUGUUGAGGAGAGCGCCCGUCAGUGCAUUCAAAGCGAAGGGACUACUAGCGGUGCUAAGAAGAAGCGCAAACAGAGGGACGAAUCAGCUAGUCUAAUGGAGUUUAUGGGGGAGAUCAGCCGGAACACUGCGCAGAGGCUGGAGAUGUUGGCAAAUCGUACCGGUUAUGAGUUUGAUCUCGCACAAGCAAGGAAGGCUGUAUUUGAACAGGUCAUGCUCAUCCCGGGUCUCUCUCUCGAGGAGACAUUUGACGUGACCGAGCUCCUCGCUUAUAAGGUGGAGCGAUUGGAGAUAUUCAUGGGCCUGCCAACCAAUGCUCGCAUUGCCUAUGCGAUGCGACUCUUGCAAGGGAAGAGUAAAUGA